AUGCUCAGCACCGUUCUCGCGAUCCUCGUGCUGGUGCUCGCACUGCCGAUGACCUUUGUCGGCUACAAGUUUCAAGUUUUGACCGGCGCCGUCUCCAGCUUCUUCCUCGGGGUCGCCUGGAGUCUGCUCGUGCUUCCCAGCGUCAGCGAUCUCAUCGGCUCCAUCGUCGCGCUCGCCGUCGGUGUCCUUGCCGCCGGUGUCGGCGCGCGGUUCCCUGCGGCCGGUCGCUUUGGCACCGUCGCCCUCGCGGCGUUCACGGUGGCCACGGCCAUCGUCGCCGAUGUGUACACCAACUACAUCCUGCUCCUCGUCAUCCUCUUCGCCAGCAUGGUGAUCGUCGCGGCUCUCAGCUACAACUCGCGCACGGCACUGAUUCUCUCGUCGACCUUCUCGGGGGCUUGGCUCCUCGCAGGGGCGAUUGCGACCUUGACGUCGACCAACUACCGCGAUUUUGACCGCGACGAGCCGUCGUUUGGGACGGGCGGCUACGGCACCGUGACGCUCGUCACACUCGCCGUCGCCUUUUUAAGUGGUCUUUUGGUGCAAGUCCGCUUCACGGCGCCUGUCGACAACACAACGCCGACAACGCCGGUGAACGUGGUGCCGUUCACUGCCGUCUAA